UUUGGCUUGGCUUGGUUCGUUGUACGUAAUGCGGACCCAGCUGGUUUGAAUCCGUGGUUUACGAUUUUUCUUCUCCUGCCAUUAUUUUUAUUAUUAUUUGUAAAUAGUGGACAAUUAAAGGAUAAUUCAGAUCAAAUAAAGUGAUUAGUGAUCCACUAAUCAAUUCUCCUUCUCCUACUUCAUAAUCCCAUCUUCUCUCCUCAGCUUCCUUUGGUUUAUCUCCUCCACCAAUCUCAUUUUGCAGAGAUGGAGACUGGGGCUGGGAUUGGUUUGUACCCGCUUCACCGCUGCAAAAACAUCUACCUAGUGAGACAUGCUCAAGGGAUUCACAAUGUUGAUGGGGACAAGAACUAUAAGGCUUACAUGUCUCAUGACUACUUUGAUGCUGAGUUGACCCAACUUGGCUGGCAACAGGUAGAUAAUUUGCGUAAGCAUGUUCGUUCCAGUGGACUUCACAAGAAGAUUGAGUUGGUCAUCUCGUCUCCACUCAUGAGAACAAUGCAAACUGCUGUUGGUGUUUUCGGUGGAGAUGGCUACACGGAUAUGAGCGAUGUACUACCUCUAAUGGUAGCAAAUGCAGGAAACAGCAACCGUGCAGCUAUAUCGAGUUCAAACUGCCCACCAAUCAUUACAGAGGAGUCCUGCAGAGAACAUUUGGGGGUGCAUCCAUGCGAUCAGAGAAGAAGCAUCAGCGACUAUCAGUUUCUUUUCCCGGCAAUUGACUUUUCACUGAUAGAAAGCGACGAAGACAUUUUGUGGAAGGCUGAUGUUAGAGAAACAAUCGAAGAACUUGCAGCUAGAGGCAAAAAAUUCCUCAACUGGCUAUGGACAAGGAAAGAAAAAGAGAUAGCGAUUGUGACACACAGUGGUUUCUUGUUUCACACACUGAAUGCUCUACAGAAUGAGUGCCAUCCAGAUGUUAAGAAGGAAAUUUGCAGCCACUUUGCGAAUUGCGAGCUACGUUCAAUGGUCAUCGUUGAUAGAAGUAUGUUGGGCUCGGACAGUUCGGUGACUGAUUAUCCAGGGAAGAUUCCAAAGGGGAUUGAUCUUCCAAGUGAUGCUGUUGUAGAGAAUGAUAAUAACAUCAAAGCUUAAUGAUUCUUGUUUAAUCAUUGUCUUCCAACUUUCUCUCUCUAUCCCCAUGCCAAAAACAAGCUUCUUUGUUGUAUGCAACUCUCUUCCUAUUAGUCUUUCGCAUUGAGUUAAAAAGAUUUUUAAGAUAUUUUGUGACAAACUUUGAUUUAUACAGUAUUUGCUUAA